AACCCGCAAGCACCGUUUGAAAAGUUUAGGUUCUGCACGAUGCUGCAACAAAACUAUUCGACUGCCCAAAUGCAGAUUGUGACGUUGAAAGCUGACAAUGAGCUCCAACAGGCUAAACACAUCUUGGAAGUCACAAAGCUGAACAGUCAGAAGGCAGAACUGCUCAGGCAGUUGGCAGAUCAGAGAGGGAACUGCACAUCCAUGAGCAAGGACUUUAAGAAGAUGAUGGAUGAAACCAGUACAGUUUAUGAAGCAGGAUUCAGGGAGGUUGUGGCGAAGGUAGGAGGGCGCUAUGACCCGAACCUGAGCAGACAACUGGAACAAAUGAGAGCAAACUGCACAGCACUGACUUCCAACUUUCGGACACAGCUCCAGCAGAGGAUCGACGGUUUUGUUGCAACCUUCAAACACAUCUGGCAGAGUAACAACGAACAAUCCUCAAGGAUAAGCAACCUGGAAAAGAUGAACGAAGAAUGUCAGCAAGAAGCAGCAGUCCAGCUCCACCAGUUCAAGAGAAAAGAGUCUCAGUUGCAGACCGAGAAGGAGAGUUACCUUGAAGAGAAGGUGCAGCUCCUGCAGGAACGGAAUCUGCUGAGAUCUCAGCUGGCAGCCAAAAACCACCAAUCCAAUUUCUUCCUCAACCCGGGAUCCAGCAACACCAGAUCCACUUCCUGCCAAAGUGAAUAUGAGAGCGCCAUCAGUCAGUUCUGGCUGCUGCAGAAAGAAAAAAUCGCUUUGGAAGGUCAUAAAAUCAGACUGGAGCAACAACUGGCAACACUGAAACAACAGCUGGGAGACUGCUACAAUCUUGCAGAACUGCAGAAGCGUUUGGGCUGCAGAAUGACAGGGUAGAUGGAAUGAAGACAGAUGGAGUGGAUGGAGAACAUUGGAACCUUGGACAGUUAGGGAACACCAUCCCAUAACCCUACAGCUACAUUCAAUGUAAACCUGACAUGCUCAUCUACCUCAUUGGUAGACAAAGUUAAUUGAGACCCCUUGUGUAGACAACAGUCCCCAUUAUCACAAACAAUGUCACUUUUGAGUCAAGAUUAGAGUGGUGCUGGAAAAGCACAGCAGGUCAGGCAGCAUCUGAGGAACA